GCUUUUGACCAGGCUCCCAGAAACUUUUUGGAAGUCGACACAAGCUUGCCGGGUCGCAUCACAGCAGAAUAUUGACGAUUUGACCUCUUGAGAUUGACGCCUGGAGCUCCCCUACGACUAUAAUAGCACCUUUCGACGUUCCCGAAUUCCAUACUUCCCCCCCCGGGAAGCGCCAUUCAAGAUGCAGGCGCCAGUUUUAGUUAUGAACACCCAGGCGGGUGAGAGACAGACGGGUCGCAAAGCCCAGAUGUCUAAUAUCGCUGCUGCGAAGACAGUCGCCGAUAUCAUCCGAUCAUGUCUGGGCCCCAAGGCCAUGCUGAAGAUGUUGUUGGACCCCAUGGGCGGCAUCGUCCUGACGAAUGAUGGCCACGCAAUCCUGAGAGAAAUCGAGGUGUCACAUCCUGCUGCGAAGAGCAUGAUCGAGCUCAGUCGAACACAGGACGAGGAGGUUGGCGACGGCACAACGACGGUCAUCAUCUUGGCUGGUGAGAUUCUGGCGCAGUCCCUUCCCCAGCUCGAGCGAAACAUCCACCCCGUGGUCAUCAUUUCUGCCUUCAAGCGAGCCCUCAAGGACGCCCUCGAGAUCAUCGACGAGAUCUCCAUGCCCAUCGACAUCAACGACAACAAGGCCAUGAACAGCUUAAUAUCUUCAUCAAUCGGAACCAAGUUCGUGUCGAGAUGGUCUGAUCUUAUGUGCGACCUGGCCCUUAGCGCUGUCCGGACUGUAGCCUGGGAGGUUGGCAACGGCAAGCAAGAGGUCGACAUCAAGCGCUAUGCACGUGUGGAGAAGGUGCCCGGUGGAGAGAUCGAGGACAGCAGAGUACUGGACGGCGUCAUGCUAAACAAGGACAUCACACACCCCAAGAUGCGAAGGAGAAUCGAGAACCCCAGGAUCGUGCUUUUGGACUGCCCCUUAGAGUACAAGAAGGGAGAGUCGCAGACAAAUAUCGAGAUCACCAAGGAGGAUGACUGGAACCGCAUCCUGCAGAUCGAAGAGGAGCAGGUCAAAGCCAUGUGCGAAAACAUCCUGGCGCUUAACCCCGAUCUGGUCAUUACCGAGAAGGGCGUCUCGGAUCUUGCGCAGCACUACUUCAUGAAGGCCAACGUCACCGCCCUCCGAAGGGUACGAAAGACGGACAACAACAGAAUAGCCCGAGCCACAGGCGCCACCAUUGUCAACCGAGCGGAAGAUCUGCAAGAGUCGGAUGUCGGAACGCAGUGCGGCUUGUUCGAGAUUGAGAAGAUUGGUGAUGAGUACUUUACCUUCCUGACCAAGUGCAAGUCGCCGAAGGCCUGCACGGUUCUCCUGAGAGGUCCCUCAAAGGAUGUCUUGAACGAGAUCGAACGUAACCUUCAAGACGCCAUGGGCGUGGCCCGCAAUGUGAUGUUCCACCCUCGACUCUCCCCAGGUGGCGGUGCGACGGAGAUGGCCGUGUCUGUGAGAUUAGGCCAGCUGGCGAAGAGCAUCGAGGGCGUUCAGCAAUGGCCGUACAAGGCUGUGGCGGAGGCACUCGAGGUCAUCCCCCGCACACUCAUCCAGAACGCAGGUGCCAGCCCGGUGAGAGUUCUGACUGAACUUCGGGCCAAGCAAGCCGAGGGCAAGAGCUCUUGGGGGAUCAACGGCGAUAACGGUACGCUGGCUGAUAUGAAGGAUUACGGUAUCUGGGAGCCUGAAGCAAUAAAGCUCCAAAGUAUCAAGACGGCUAUUGAGUCUGCUUGCCUGUUGUUGAGAGUGGACGACAUCUGCAGCGCGAAGAAGGCACAACAAGUAGGCGCUGGACUGGGUGGUGGGGACGAUUAAAGGGACGAUCUGGUUUGGGUGGUUGGUCACAAUGAGAAAUGCCAUAGAAGUCAUACCCGUGUACCAACAGCUUGGUCCAAAAAAGUGAUGAGAAUAGAUGAAUUAGACGGCUUUACUGCCAAGCAUUAGGGGCCUCUGUCUACACCCAACAAUCUGAUUCCACUCGUGCCG